UACCCGAAAUCCCCGCUAAUUAUGUUUCUCUCUGAUCCUUUCAUAUUACCAAAUCUUCAAGUCUACAACUCUGGAAAGCUGAGCCAACAAGCAAAAAAAUAAAGCUAAAUAUAUAUUGUUCCCCAGAGCAAACGCAAUUGCUAAUUUAAAGCAACAAAAACAGCUUUAAGUUUCCUACCUAAUCAUCUUUUGCAUUUGACAUACUGGUUUUCUUUUAUAUUUGAGAAUUUCCCCAAAAAGAUUGGAGAGUGCUUCGAGGAGAAGAAGACGAAGAGGAGGGUCAGAUGGCUACUUUGACUACUGCUCCUGUUCUUCCUUCUAGCCUUAAGCCUUCGCUUUCUGAUCAACAAGUCUUUCUGUUUCCCUCUAGAAGAAAACCAAAGAAGAAGAAUCAAGCUAUUGUUCCUGUUGCAAGGUUAUUUGGGCCAGCAAUUUUUGAGGCAUCAAAGUUGAAGGUUUUAUUCUUAGGAGUCGAUGAAAAGAAACAUCCAGCGAAUCUUCCAAGAACUUAUACGCUUACUCAUAGUGAUAUUACUUCUAAACUCACAUUAGCUAUCUCUCAGACAAUAAACAAUUCCCAGUUGCAGGGUUGGUACAACAAAUUACAAAGAGAUGAAGUUGUAGCAGAGUGGAAAAAAGUUAAAGGAAAAAUGUCUCUUCACGUUCAUUGUCAUAUAAGCGGCGGACAUUUUCUAUUAGAUCUUUGUGCUAGGCUUAGAUACUUCAUCUUCUGCAAAGAACUUCCUGUGGUUUUGAAAGCCUUUGUUCAUGGAGAUGGAAAUUUGUUGAGCAACUAUCCAGAAUUACGGGAAGCUCUUGUUUGGGUUUAUUUCCAUUCAAACAUUAGAGAAUUCAACAAAGUAGAGUGCUGGGGCCCACUAACGGACACAGUAGCACCUUCUAGCGGUGAAAGUGGGACCCACAAUUACCAAGAGAAGAAUUUGAGGAAAGUAAGUGAGUUAAGCGACUGGGACUUGCCAGAACCAUGCCAAGAAGAUUGCAAUUGUUGUUUUCCACCAAUGAGUUUGAUUCCAUGGUCUGAAGAGCUUCCCAAACAAAAUGAAAAUGGAUAUGGGACCCAACAAAGCUGUCAACAGCAAACACAGCAAAUCUAAGGGGAAAAAAAAACACACGCACACACACUUCAAUUUCUCUUCUUUUACAUUGAUGUGAAUACUACGUCGGCACGACACUUCAUUUGAAACCCAUAAAACAACCCAAAAAAAAAAAAAAAAAGAAAAAAAAAAAGAAAAGAAAGAAAGUAACAAUUGAUGGGGAGUCACCAUUCAUCUUCUUUCUUCUUCUUCUGCAAUAUCCACUUUUCUAUUUUUAUAUCACGUGGCUUUGUUGCAGACCAGUAGAUGGUCCUUUUGAACCAAAAAGUCUGGUUUGAAUGGGGUUGUGGAUGCAACUUUAUGAAUGAUUUUAUGUGUAAUUCUUAUUUGGUUAGUUCUUCUAUAUUGUACAGUUUAAGUAAUAGGUAUAAUAUGUUUCAUUAUCUAUUUGUUUA